UACAAAAGCUCUGAAUAGAUCAAAUCGAUUGCUCAAUACAGUAAGAACUGGUGCACACAGCACUCAAAUCUGUGAUCAAAUGUGUCUUCGCUUAAACAAGUCGCACUUUUCAUACUUAUGACGACAUCACUGGUUUAUGUACGUGCUGUAAAUUGUUGCGAGGACAAAAGUUGUGGACAUGUUUUCCUGGAAAUGUGCAACUUUGCAACAUUGUAGUUGUACACAUUUUUUUUAAACUGGUUUUCGGAUCUUACAUUUUCGAGGGACCAUGCCCUGCGUUUAAUGCUCUCAGUGAAAAAUGUAUUUACUCUAGACUCAGCCGAAGAAAGUUGUCGAAGUAUGUCAUCUGUUGCGCAUGAUCUCAUUAUGGAGUCGCAUGCAGUCGAGUUUGGCCGAUCGAGCUAAGUAGUUUCAAGGAACUCGCUGUCAAAUGCACAAUGCGACAUUGACAUGGGUGCUGUAGACGAAUGAGGGUCACAGGAGGAUCAAGCACUGCUGCAGCCUACAGAUCUGACCUCGGGAGGCGGGGUGUGUGGGCCCACCCUCUGCCUUUUCCUGUUGGACUUCCUCCUGAAUCUCACUGUUCACACAAUUAAGCAAAGAAACCAAUAUAUUCUUGUUCAGACAGGGGCAGUAUAGGCUCAUAGAUUGUAUUGGUCUUUCACCUCUUUAAUCAAGUGAUAAAGGCUGAAAAGGCCCCUCCAUCACUUGUUUGUUGGUGGUUGUUUCUUAGUGACAUUAUGAGUCUUCCUCCUCAGCAGAAGUUGAAUAUGGACAAGGGUGUUAAACAGAGGGCUACAGCUGUGAAGGAACCCAUGCAACAUGCAGGGGACGUCUUCUACGGCAUGGGCCCUCCUGCUCUGGACUCAACUCACGUGGAUUCUGGAGGCAGCACAGCUGUCUUCAACCCAGAGAAGGGGCCCCAAGGGCGUGUACACUACCAGUCCACUGCCAAAUGGAUGCACCAAGACCCUACACAGGCCCCUGGCUGGUCUCAGGAAGCCCCUGUGCAGACCUGGGGCCAAAACUUUGGCUCUUACAUGGGAGGGAUGAACAACAUCAGGACCCAGAUGGCAUUCCCAAAGGGGGGGCAUGAUGGUGGAGCUCUGCAGAUUGGGGGAGAAAAGCAAGCCUCAGGAUCCCUGGAGGUGUACAGAGAGGCUGCCCAGGCCCAGGCAAGAGGUCUGGAGUGGGAGCAAGCCAAUGCAGCAAUGCGACAAGCCCAUCUUCAGGCCUUCCAACAGGGCCAUAAGGGUGUGGACAUUCAGGCUCAGCCUCACAUGCCUGGGUCCAUGCUGCAGCCCUUCCAGCUGGCAUUUGGACCUACGAAGCAGCACCUUCCAUCUGCAUACUAUCAGGUGUACCAGGGCAACAAGGGUAUGCCAAACCUAAGUUACAGUGAUCCACCUAAAACCCAACACCACAUGCUACAGCUUCAGCAACAGAUGCAACAGCACCAAAUCCAGCAGCAGCAACAACAGUUGCAGGAGCAGCAUCACCAUCAACAACAGCAGCAUCAACAGUUACAACACCAAAUACAACAGCAACAAAUGCAAAAGCAGCAGCUGCAACAAAUGCAACAAUAUCGUCAGCAGGAAAUGCACGAGCAAAGACAACAGGCGCAUCAAUUGCAGCAACAACAACAACCACACAAUGUACCACAACAGGAAGUACCGCAACCACAGUUUCAGCAAAAACAGCACCAAAACCAACACUUUAUGAGUUAUCAGUCCCCUGAGAGCUGCCUCACUAGCACCAGCCCACCCCCUCAGAAUGUUCAGUUACUUGACACCCAGGAGCAGGCAAUAGAGACGGAGAACCAGUUUAGUGACUCCUCAGUCACAUUUGAUUCAAUCCCUCAGAAGGUGUCCCCAGACUCUGCAGAGCCCUCUGAUGCCCAUCAGGUUCUCCCUCGUCGUUCUCGCCGACUGUCCAGGGAUGGGCUAUCCCCACUGGGUGGCCAGCCCACUAUGGCCCCCUGGACCCAGGCUUCCAGGGAGCUUCUGGCCCCCCAGAAUGGCCAGGUGGCUGGGGGGGGAGACGGGGUAAAUGCUGGGGAGGCACAUGCAGCACCACGGGGCGUUAUUCAGAGCACACGCAGGAGGAGGAGGGCAUCGAAAGAAAUCAAUCUGGAAACUCUCGCUCAGAAGGCCUCAGAGAUGGAGCCUGCCAAAAUGGCCAAGCAGGAGGAUGGUGCCUAUGGCCGGCAGCCUGGCAUGGUGCCCCUGGUUAUCCCCGUCUCUGUGCCAGUGGGUCAGACUGACCCCCCAGUCUCCUGGCACAAUAGCCGUACGGCCCAGCGGGACCCGUUUCCCCCCCAGCCUGAACACAAGCCGUCCGUCAUUGUGGCUCGUCGUCGCUCACUUAGGAACUCUCUGUCUGAUAUCUUCGGUCAGGAUGCGGAGAGUGACGCAGGGCAGGACGACAAUGGGAAAUUGUCCAAGUCCAAACGGCGGCCCCGCCCCGAGCCCCUUUUCAUCCCACCUCCCAAACCGGUCACCUUCAUUGCCCCUUCCGUCUACUCCAGCAUAACCCCCUACCAGAGCCACCUGCGCUCACCAAUUCGUAUGAUGGAACACCCUCUCGUUCUACCCCCCUACACCCCGCCACCUAUCCUCUCCCCCGUGCGCGAUGGCUCAGGACUUUACUUCUCCACCUUUCUGUCCUCAAUCGCUGCUGGCAACCAGAGCCUGCCCCCACCACCCCUGCCCAAGUCAACCUCACGCAGUCUUCUGCGUUCUUGCAGCUCAGACAUCACGCCUCCAGUCCUACCUUUGAUUACCGACCCCACACCUGUCAGCUUUGAGCCGCGUAUUAACAUUGGACUGCAGUACCAAGCAGAGGUUCCAGAGCUGUGUGAGCGCUGCCUCCCCCAGAUGGACCAGCCCAAGGCUGACCUGGUCUGGGUUCCCAUGGAGAAGCUUCACACCACACACGUGGAGCAGCACAGAGUGGACAAUUUGAUGAACUUGGCAUGUUCAAGUGUUUUCUACGGUGGAGGCACAAAUCAGGAACUAGCACUACACUGUCUGCAUGAAUGUGGGGGAGAAGUCCUUGAGGCACUGGCUCUCUUGCUCUUCAAAGAACCUGUUUUCUCCGAAGGCCAUCACCUGGCUGACUAUCACUACUCAGGGUCAGAUAGUUGGACUCCAGCAGAGAAGCGCUACUUCAACAAAGGUAUAUCUGCCUACAGGAAGGACUUCUUUAUGGUGCAGAAACUGGUGCAGACAAAAAGCGUGACACAAUGUGUGGAGUUUUACUACACUUAUAAGAAGCAGGUGAAGAUUGGCCGCAACGGAAGUCUGACCUACGGCCCCCCUGAAUCCCCAGCAGAGAAAAUCACAGAGGCAACUUUGGAUGUCAAGAGCUCUCAGCAUCCCAUGCUGACUCAUCAAGAGGGGGACAGCAGAAAGUGGGAAGGGUCAUGUGAGCAGAGUCAAGAUGGCACAGUAGUUUCUGACACACUACAGGCCCAUGAGAACACUGGAAUGGUGGUAGUGCUCAAAGAAAGGGGUUUGGUGAAUAAGGUCUCUUCCCAGUCCCCUCCUCCAUGCAAACCUCGGCCAGAGUCUGUAGGAAAGAAAAGACGAGCACCCCCAAAACCUCCACAGGAACCAGAGGGCGUGUUUCCCUGCAAGAAGUGUACCAGGGUGUUCUACAAGGUGAAGAGCCGCAGCGCCCACAUGAAGAGCCACGCGGAGCAGGAGAAGAAGGCUGCCGCCCUGCGCCUGAGAGAGGAAGAGGAGGCCAGAGUGAGGGUGGCUGCGGAGGAGGCCAGGAUGAGGGAGGCCACAGAUGAGGCCAAGGUGAGGGAGGCUACGCUGAGGGAGGCUGCAGAGGAGGGACAGACCAGAGACAGAGUUAGAGAGGCAGAAAGGCCAGAGGCCAGCAGCCGCGAGGAGUCUUCAGAGGCUGAAGAUGAAGAUGAUGAGGACUGGCACUGAAAAAACAAGGAGAGAGGGAGCGUAAAAGAGAGAAAAUGGCCGAAUAUAACAAAUGGAAAACAUGGGGAAAAACACGACCAGUUUCAAAGAGAAAUAUCUCACUCACGAAAAGAACAAGAUUCUUAGAGGACAUGAAAUGGAGAAAUGCCUCUUCCACACUCCACAUCUAUAGAUCCUGUUUUAUCUGUUUACUUCCGAUAGGAAUAUAUUUUUGUAAAUGCACUUGCUUGCUUUGCUAUCACUGUAUCACUUAUUUAAUUGAAUAUCUAUCUUGAAAUACUAUGUGUGGACAUCCCUAUGGAUGCUUAGUACUUUGAAAUACUAUGAUGAUUAAAGCAAUGUUCUCUUUUGUACUGGUAGACCCUUUUCUAAAAGUGUGGAUUGAAUAUGAUCUAAAAACAAAUAUUCCUUGUUUUUAUUGUUAAGAUAAUAUGGUGAAUUUUAAGAAAGUUCAUCUAACUCAAAGGUUAAAUUGCACAUUUGUAUUACAAUUAAGGGACCUUUAAAAUGUUGUGUCUGUAUGAGAAUGCCAUAAAGUCAUAUAUAAAACUGCAAUCCAAUGAUUCUGAACACGCUAAUCAUGUGAACAGCCAUUUUAAUUGUGAAACAUUUAUUAAAACGUUUACUCACUGUU